AUGUCUCAUUUAACAAUGAUUGGGGAUGAAGACGAUAAAAUGAAUACUUCAAUAAUGACAAAGAAAUUUACAAGUUAUCAUAGAUUGGUUGAUUAUUUUAUAGUUUGUGGAUUGGGUAGAUCAAUUGUUGUCAACGAUAUUGAUAAACCAUAUCAAACUGAAAUUAUUGAUAGAUAUCCAGCAACCAACUAUGAUGAUGCAGAUAUUCCAGCUCAUAUUUGGAUGUUUUGUUUUCCAUCUGGUUUAUUAAUAAAAGAAACAAUGGAAGAUCCAACUUUAUCAAUGUUUUGUUUAACAGAGUUGGACGGUUCAAGAUUUUAUUCAACAUCUUUAAUUUAUUAUACAGAAAUUGAAAAAUCAAAAAUGGAAAAUGAUCAAUAUGAACAAUUAUUUAAACCAGUUUCAAUAACAUUACUAUCAAGAUAUCCAUGUUAUGAUAUUUUAAAACAAUUACUUAGUUAUGUUUAUUUAUAUAGUAUAAAUAAUGGCACAGAUGAAACUAAUAAAAUACCAAUAGAAAGAAUUAUUUCAUAUAUUGUAAAUGAUUUACCAAGACCAAUUUCAGGUUUUAGAUUUAAUAUUAAUUUACCUGACAUUUUCACGCCACAACAUACAUUAAUCAAUAAUAUAUUUAAAAAUGUAUUAAAAGGUACAUCAAAUAAUAGUAUGGGUAGUUUUAUUGGUGGUAGUAGUAUUUUUAGUAAUAAUAAUAAUAAUUUAAAUCCAUCAAAAUUAAAUUAUUCAUUAUCAAAUUUACCAUUAUUCCCAUCUUUAGAUAUACCAUUUUCAUUAUUAUUUAAUAUAAUUGGUGUAAAUAAUACAAUAAAUUUAUUUUCAGCAGUACUUCAAGAAAGAAAAGUUUUAUUUUUAUCAAAAUUUAAUUCAUUAUUAACAAUUGUUUGUGAAACUUUAAUUGGUUUAUUGUAUCCAUUUAGUUGGCCACAUGUGUAUAUUCCAAUUUUACCAGAUUUAUUAGUAGAUUUUCUUCAAGCACCAACUCCAUUCAUUGUUGGUAUGAUUAAAAAUAAAAAUCAACCAAAAAUUGAUUUAUCAGAUAUUGUAGUUGUUGAUUUAGAUUUACAACAAAUAGUUUCAAAACCAGAUGGAUUUAUUAAUAAUUUACCAGAAUUUGAACGUAAUAGAUUAGAAACCAAUUUAAAACAAAUUUUAUAUCCAGAUAUUGAAUUAAUAUGUAGAGUAUUUUCGUCAAAUGAUAAUGUUAGAGGAAAUAAUUUAGAUGUAUCAACAAAAAUUAGAGCAGCAUUUUUAGGUUUUAUGGUUAGAUUCUUUUAUGAUGUUGACCAAUAUAGAUAUAUGUUAAGAAAAUACCCAAAACCAAUAUCAACAUUCAAUAAAUCUUCAUAUUUAGUUAAACAAAGUGAUCCAGAAGUUGUUGGAUUUUUAUCAGAUUUAAUAGAAACUGCUGCUGUAACAGCAUUCUUUGAUGAGGAUCAAAGUAAUAAUAGUAAUAAAAAUGUAUCAUUAUCAAACCCAAAAAGUUUAUUCUUUAAUUUAGUUUGUAACCAAUAUAAAGAAGAUAUUUUACAAUCACCUUCAUUAAAACAACAACAACAAAAAUUACCACCAACUCCAACUUUAUCAACUUAUAGUAAUAAUAAAAAUAAUAAUAAUAAUAAUAAUAGUAAUAAUAAUAAUAAAAAUGAUAAUAAUAAAAAUGAUAAUAAUAAAGAUAAAGAUAAAGAUAAUAAUAUUAAUUUUAAUAAUAUUUCUGGUUAUGAUUCAGUUAUAACAUGUAUUUUAGAAUUUUCAAAAAAUGAUGGUAAUCAUUUAAUGAUGGAAACUAUAAAUAUACCACCACCAGAUUCGUCUACAUUGAAUCCAUUAUUAUCAGUAUUACCAGAUCCUAGAUUACAAUUUCCAGAGUUAAAUAAAGCAUUAUUUUCAAAGAGAACUGAAUUUUCAAGAGAAAAUAUUGAUACCAAACCAAGACCUUACAAGAGAGAUGAUUCUCAAGCAUCAUUUUUAAUACCAAGUAUUUUAUUUACACCAAGUCCUUCAAAAUCAAAACAAAAUAGAAAAAAUAGUUUCUCAUCAAAUUCAUCAUCUUCUUCAAAUUUAUCAUCCUCACCAAAUUCUUCAUCGUCAUCGUCCCCUUCAACAUCACCAAAUUUAAAUGGUAGUUCAAUUAUAAUUGCAAGUAGAAGAAGUUCAAUUUCAGUUGUUUUAACACCUUCAAAAAAUGUUAAUAGUAGCACCAAAACUAAUAAUAAUGAUGAUGAUAAUAAUACACUAAAUAAAUCAAAUAUUGUAAUUACAAAUUCAAAUGGUGAAACACCAGUUACCUCAUCAGCACAAUUAGAAGAUGAUCAAUUAUUACAAGAAUAUAUUGAAAAGUAUACAGAGAUUAUUUUUGAUGAAAAUGUAGGCAAACUUGGUUUAAAUAAUAAUAAUAAUAAUGGUAAUAGUAAUGGUUACAAUCAAAAUGCUCAAAUUGUAAUUGAUUUUGAACAACAAAAACUUUUAUUGGAUUUAUUUAAAUUAAAGAAAAGUAGAGUUCAUUUUAUGAAUUCUUUGUAUAAGAUUAUUGGUGACAAUGGUAAUGGUAUUACAAUGGAAUCAGGUUGGAGAUUAUUAUUAUUGAUUGAAAUAUUAAAGAAGAUUUUCAAUGAAUGUAAUAAUGCUGCCGAUUUUAAAACUGCAUCAACAAUCAUAUCAAUUACAAAAGAUAUUCAUUUUAAAAAGAUUGUGGUUAGUGGUAAUGGUAAUCAACAACAAACUCAACAAGAACCUUUAUUCAUACAUUUCAGUGGUUUACGUCUUUGGAAGAAUUCUUACUUUUGGGAAUCAUCUUUCUUGGAUAGUCUCUUGAAAAUGAGAUUAGAACAAUUACCAGAAUCAUUCAAUAAUGGUCAAUUGGAUGAUUGGGAUAAUAAGACAAAGGAAGAACAAACUGAAGCUACUCAAUUGGAAGAAGAUGUAUUGUUUAAAUCCCUAAGUGUUUUCGCUUAUCUUAUGAUUAGAUUGAAAUUAUCAGUGGCUGAUACAAUUAGAUUCAUUGGUAGAAUGGUUAUCAUUUGUAAUAUCAGUGAUGAUCAUUACAAUAUAUUGGCAUCCUUAAUAGAGAAACUACAUUAUGCAGAUCCUUCAAAUCAAAAUGGUGCUGGUGGUGGUGUUAAUGAACCAGAUGAAAAUGGUACCAUCAAUAGUGUUAUUAAUAGAGAUUCAAUCAAAAAUGAAGAGAUUUCAAAUGUCAUUCAAUAUAAUAGAAGUAUAAUUUCUCAAACAUCUGGUAUAGUAUCAGAUGUAAAAGCAAAUCAUAAUAAACAGAAUAGUUAUGUUGAUAUCAAUAGUGGUGAUAUUAAAUAUUUCUCUUCAUCAGUUAAAAGAAAUGUUGAUGUUGAAAAGAAUGACUCAAAAAUGUAUUAUCAAAAACUAAUUGAAAUGAGAAGAAAAGCAUCUGAAGAUGAUUUCAAAUUAAGUUAUCAAAAAAGAUCAACCAGUGGUAGUUCAUUAAAUCAAUCAAAUAAUUCAACACCAACUUUAUCAUCUUCAACUUCUUCUUUAAAUAAUAGUGGUGGUGGUACUAUUACAACUGCUACUUUAUCCACAAAUUUAUCAUUAUCUUUUGAUUUAGGACAACAACAACAGCAACAAUCACAAGAUGUAAUAUAUGAUAAAAAAGAUGGGUAUUCAGUUUUAACAUUAAAAGGUAGUGGUUCAUCAAUAACAUGUGUCCAAACAUUAAAUAAAAGGCAAUCAGUUAUCAAUGGUACAACAGGUGGUAGUAUAAUGGUAUGGGAUUAUAAUGAUGGUAAAUUUUUACAACGUCUUAGUAAUCAUAAAUCAAGUGUAACAUGUAUAGGUGUUGACCAAUCCAUUGAUAAUAUGUUUUGUUCUGGUUCACGUGAUAAAACAUUACGUAUUUGGAAUUACAAUGGAAGUGAAUGGAGUUGUGGAUCAACAUUACAAGAACAUACCAAUGAAAUCUCAAGUCUACAAAUGAAAGGAAAUACGAUUUUAACCGGUUCAAAUGAUGGAAAUAUGAUCAUUUGGGAUGCAAGAUCAAAUAGGAAAAUUCAUCGUUUCACUGGUCAUCAAGGCAAUAUUCUCUCAACGGUAAUGUUUGACAAUGGCUAUUAUGCAGUGACAACAAGUACCGAUACAACAGUUCGUGCUUGGGAUAUUCGUGCAAUGAAGCAAUUUCAAGUGUUUUCUGAACAUCAUGACUGGGUAACUAAAGCAGUUGUGUCGGGUAAUAAUACCUUGUUCACUGGUAGUUUUGAUUGUACCGUUAAAAUGUGGGAUUUAAAUAGUCCACAUUCAAAUAAAACAUUUGCUGGUCAUGGUGGUGGUAUCAAUGCUUUGGCCUAUAAUAAUGAUUCAAAAACAUUGGUUAGUGGUUCUGGUGAUGGUUAUCUAAAAGCUUGGGAUAUUCAAAGUGGUUUCGCUAUCAAAUCUUUCAAAGGUCAUAACGAUGAAAUCUUAUCAAUCCUCUAUGAAGGUGAAACUCUCAUCACAAGUUCUCAAGAUCAAACCAUUAGAAUUUGGGAUAUGAAUUCUGGUGUUUGCCAAAAAGUUUUAAGAGGUCAUACUGAUUGGGUUGUAUCUUUAGCUUCAAUUGAUUACAACAGUAACAACAACAACAAUAACAACAACAACAACAACAAUAAUAAUAAAUCAAAUGUUGGCAAAAAAAAUAAAUUAACAAGAUUUGUUUCAGCAUCAUGGGAUUCUUCACUUAAAUGUUGGAAUAUUGAUCCACCUCAAUCAAUACAAACUCAAAAUACAACUCAAUCACAAAAUUCUUUCUUUUUAUCAAAAGAUAGAAAUGAUAAAGAAUCAAAUAGAGUUGCAAAUGUUAUAAAUCAACAAAAUUCACAAGCAAAUUUAUCAACUUCUUUACCAUUUGAUACACUCAGAAGAUCAAUUUCAUCAAGUAAUAAUGCCAACAACAGCAGUAAUAACAAUGGUAAAAGUGGUGGAUCUAUUAUUUUUAAGAGAACUAAAACAGCAACAAAUAAUUCACCAACUUCACCAGUAUCAUCAUCGCCAACUUCGCCAGUAUCAUCAUCACCAACUUCACCAGUAUCAUCAUCACCAACUUCACCAGCAUCCUCAUCACCAACUUCUCCAUCAUCACCUGUAGUUUCAAAUUCUCCAGAUUGUAAUAAUAAUAAUAAUAAUAAUAAUAAUAAUAAUAAUAAUAAUAAUAAUAAUAAUAAAAAUAAUAAUUCAACUCCAAAUAUUAAUAAUAAUAUUAAUAAUAAUAUUAAUAAUAAUAAUAAUAGUAAUAAUAAUAAUAAUUCUACUCCAAAUAUUAAUAAUAAUAAUGAUAUACCAAUUAUUACUACAACACUUGUAAAAAAUAGACCACUAAGUGAGACCAGUACUAGUACAAAUAAUAAUCUUAAUACAGUCAAUAAAGUUAGACCAACUAGCAAUAAUAGUGUUGGUAGUAUUAAUAGUGGUUCAAGUGUUGAUAGUCAUAGUAGUAGUGAUACACCAGUUGGUAGUAUGUCAUCAUCCCUCUCCUCUUCUUUUUCAAGUCUAUCCUCCUCUUCUUCGGGUGGCCAAUCAUGGCGAAUUGGUUCACCAUUAAAAAAAACUAGACAUCCUCAUGAAAGUUUAAUUUAA